AUGCUCAGAACUAUCUCAAGGACGGGAUUGAAUGGUCUUUCAAGAGUGAUUAGUUCCUCAAAUUCUACAGUCUUGGCUAUUCGGCAUGCAUCAUUGAAUUCAGCAAUUGGGGAGGGUAUUCGCAGGUCUCAGUCUGUGGACAGAGAUAAUCGUCGCGGCAACGAGACUCGCUUUCCUAAGCGCCAGCGACAAUACGAGAGAUCAGGUGAAUCCAAUUUCAAUGGUCGUCAAACAAACGGAGCGCAACAAAGAUACGGAAGAUCAGAUCAAUCCAACUUCAAUGACCGUCGAACAUAUGGGGCACGACAGUAUGGAGAAGAAAAGCCCGAGAGAUCAGGAUUCAACUCUGGCGUGCAACGAAAUUACGGCCAGCGUGAACGAGAAUUCGGGGCGAAAAAAGCCUGGACAUCAGACGGUUUAGGUCGUAAAGACUAUGACCGCCGACAAUCGCCAUGGAAUGACAGGUCCGAAUCCCCACGACAAAGCCGAAAGGAGGAAAAGUUCGAGUUCGACGAGGAUGAGUUCAUUCGUUCUGGUGAUUUCCGAGGACUGCCUCGUGAGCAUCAAUCCCGGUUCCAAUCUCGAUUCCAAUCGCGAACACGAGAUGGCCCAUUCACACAACCGGGAAGAGGACGGCCUCCAAUGGAUGAACCAAGAGAGAAGGAGCCAGCAAAGCCUAGGGCUCACCGGAUCACGGAGAGAAUUCCAGAACGGGUGAAGGACAACGUCAAAGUGCCGGACACAAUCCCCUACACUACACCGGCAUCUGAGUUCAUUUACGGCACCAGCGCCGUGGAGGCGGCGUUGCGCUGCAGUCGGCGUCAACUCUACAAGCUUUAUAUCUACCAGAGCACGGAGGAAGAGCUAAGUGCGGCGAAGGUCACAAUCCGCAAACUGGCACUGUCAAAGAACAUUACAGUAAAAAUGGCAUUUGCAGGGUGGGAUCGACUUAUGGACAAGAUGAGUGCUGGGCGACCUCACAAUGGUAUUAUUUUGGAAGCAUCACCUUUACCAAAAUUGCCAGUGCGUGGUCUCCAGGCUGUUCCAUCUAUAUCCGAAGAGUAUUUCCGAACGGAGCUUGCGUCACAAACCCGGGAAGAAGCUGCGGUAAAUGGCACCGAUGAUCGUAUCCGCAUCCAUCAUCCUUCCCCGCCCCCGCAUGAAACUGAACAACGCCAUCGAUACCCAAUUGUCUUGCUAUUGGAUGGAGUGGUCGAUACCGGUAAUAUGGGCGCCAUCAUCCGCUCAUCCUAUUUCCUAGGUGUCGAUGCAAUUGUUCUAGCUGGUCGCAACUCCGCACCAUUGUCUCCCAUCACAAUCAAAUGCUCUGCUGGUGCAGCUGAGAAUAUGCCUAUCCUUCACGUGAAGAAUGAAGUUGAUUUUAUUCAGCGAUCCCAGCAGAAUGGGUGGCGGUUCUAUGCUGCAGAUGCCCCAACUCCCGGUUCCCUAUAUUUGGACCACAUCUCGGCCAACGGCGAUCAAAGCGGGGCUCAAUUGCCCAGUACUACUGCGCCUAGUGUCAUAAUGAUGGGCAGUGAGGCUACUGGAUUGAGCUCGCAUAUCAAGUCGCAUGCAGAUGCAAUCAUCAGUAUUCCAGGCGCCCGGCAGAGUUCCAUCCUAGGCGUUCAAUCUGAUCCUGCGCGCAUCGACAGUCUCAAUGUGAGUGUCGCCGCGGCGCUGCUGAUGGAGAAGUUCCUGCGAACACCCAUGACUCUGGGUGAUGUCCUCAAGAAGGAAAAGAACAUGGAAAAGAACAUAGGAAAGGAGAAAAUGUGGUAA